AUGGAUGCUUCCGGAUCCAAUGUCGACACUAACAAAGUCCUAUUUGGUUCAAAAAGUGUCAAUAAGCUUCCUGACGAGAUCAAAAGACUAGACGGCUCGUCACCAGUCGUGCUCACUUCAAAGGGAAAAAAUGGAACAGCGCACGGCAACAUGCUGGCCAAGAUCUUGAGCGAUGCCUCUAUGACUCCAGCCGCAGUUCUCAAUGUGGCAGUAAUGCAUACUCCAAAAUCUGUCACCGAAGAAGCACUUGAACAACUCAAAGCUCAUGCUGCGGACUGUAUUGUAUCCAUCGGCGGAGGUUCCGUCGUCGGCUUGGGCAAGGCCUUGUCCAUUCGCACCGGGCUCAAGCAUAUCUGCAUACCCACGACAUACUCUGGCAGCGAGAUGACGCCUAUCCUUGGCGAGACAGAAAAUGGUCGUAAAGUCACUCGCACCGAUCCAAAGAUCCUUCCGGAUUUUGUGAUAUACGACGUUGAUCUCACAAUGUCAUUGCCAGCAGCGACUUGCGCGUACUCGGGCGUCAAUGCAAUGGCUCACGCGGUAGAGUCUUUGUACGCUGUAAACACCAGCCCGGCCAUUUCUAAGCUUGCUCUAGAGGGCAUCCAAGGGCUGGCCGAAUCGCUUCCGGCAAUUGUCAAAGAUGGAAACGACCGUUCUGCUCGCGAAAAGGCUCAAUAUGCCGCAUGGCUUUGCGGCGUGUGUCUUGGAACCUCUGCGAUGGCAUUGCACCACAAGCUUUGCCAUACACUUGGUGGGUCGUUCAAUCUUCCGCAUGCCGAAACUCAUACUAUCAUUCUUCCUCAUGCUGUGGCUUACAACGCCCCUGCCAUUCCUGAUACUAUGCAGAAAAUGGCAUCAGCGUUGCCAGGUAGUGACGGCGAUGCAAUCAGAGGAUUGAACAUUCUGCUCGAGAAGCUUAAGGUAUCGCGUGCAUUGAAGGAGUUUGGCAUGCGAGAGGAGGACAUAGACAAAGCUACCGAGAUUGCAAUGAGUAUGCAAUAUGCCAAUCCAAGAGCGAUGGAGAAGGAUGCGAUUCGUGAGUUGAUUCGCAGGGCAUGGGCUGGCGAGCCGGCGAGGGCUUGA